AUGUCGUCGUUGGUCCAGUUGCCAACCCAAAUGCCAUCAGGAUUUCAGAUGAAUUUUGAUGACGUCAGACAUCAUCAAAUGGCUCCAGAAGUCGAUUGUGAAGGUGGCACACUGACGAAAAUGGAAGAGAUUGAAGAAAUCGAUCCGGCCGACGGUUGUACGAUUCGAAUAUUCACCUAUUUCAUAUUGCUUCCGAAUAACGAGGAAUUGAUAAAAACGGUCCGACAAAAAGUCAAAAUUGACUGUAAACAGACAAUGCGAAGUGUCAGGAUGGUUGGAUCAGAAGCAAAAGUCACUGAAAAUUGUCAGCGAAUAUCCGGAGACAUCAAAGGAAUGCGUCCCGUCGAAUUUUCAAAUAAUUCGAGACAAAUUUGUCUGGACCAGCACAAUUUACAGUUGGAUUUGAGCGAUGAGCAGAAAUUGAUUUUUUUUUUUUUGACUAUUUUGAACUACCGUAGUCAUUGUCACAGUGAUCCCCAAACCACAGACCAACGAAUCGAUAGAUGUCUCAAGCAGGUUCCAGAUACCUUUAUCAAUAUGCUCUCCAAACAAAAAGAAAUGUUUGUUCAACAAUACCCGGAGCUGUUUGAAAAAAUGAGAAGCGAAUCUUCCUUAAUUCCAUCCACAACCACUGAGGUGAUCACCAAUGAGGAUGGAUCCACGACGACAAGAGUCAGGAGUAGCAAAUCUUAUAGCUCGCACUUCUCGCGACAAGAAACCUAUGUGAAUGGUGUGAAGAAAAUGUCAAAGACCAAAUUUCGAGCAUUUGUGGAGUAUCAGGGUCCCGAAGGCGGUUUCCAAGUGAAACUGUCCGAUUCCGAUGAGUUAUCCGAGGAUGAGCUAGAGGAGGAUGACACCAAGAGUCAAUCGUGCAUUUCUGAAAUUCAUGAUUCGGAUUCUGAAAUCACUUCUGGACCAUCGUCAGGUACUAAUCUGGAAAAGCGAUAUCAGAAGGCAUGGUAUGCGGCGAAGGAAUUGGUCGAUUCAGAGCAGAGAUAUGUCGAAAAAUUGAAAUUGUUGGGAGAUACAUUCCGAAAUCGUCUAAUCAAAGAAGAAGUGCUGACCAACGACAAAAUCACACGUCUCCUUGCCAAUAUUUCUUCACUAUAUCAAUUUCAUAACACUCACUUCCUGCCCCAACUCAUGAUUUCGAUAAGGGAUUGGCAUACGACGAAACGAAUCGCCGACGUCGUCAAAAAGCAAGCGCCCUUCCUCAAAAUGUACUCAGAAUACACGAAUAACUACGAUCGAGCGUCCAAACUAUUUGAGGAACUAAAAAAGAAAAAGAAAUUCACGGAUUUGGUGAAAGACAUUGAAAAACAAACCGAGUGUGAGGGACUUCCGCUGGUCCAUCAUUUGAUUUGUCCCGUUCAGAGGGUUAUGAGAUAUCAACUUCUUCUCCAGGAGUACAAAAAACAUCUACAGCCAAGUGACGGGGAUUUUAAAGAUACUGUAGAUGCGUUGGAUUUGGUGUUAGCUGCUGCAACUCAUGCUAACGAGAUGAUGAAGAAAUUGGAUCGUUUCGGAAAAGUUAUCGAAGUCCAAGAGCAACUCGGCAACUCAAUCUCCCUAGUUUCCCCAGGACGGGAACUUUUGAAAUCCGGAUCAAUUCAAAAAAUCUCGUCGACCACCGAAAAAACGGAAGAGCGAUUCAUUUUCCUAUUCAAUGAUUUGGUGAUUCUGGCGAGUGAACGAAAAAUGAUUGGCGUUUCAAAGUACAAGUUGAGAGCAGUUUUUAGUGCCAGUCAUAUGCAGGUGUGCGAGGGUGACAAUUUGGAGCGAGAACACUCAUUCUACCUCCGUGGAUCCGAUGGGACCGGACCAAAACGAUGUGUGGAACUUUUUACGCCCACGCAAAAAGAGAAGAAUGAAUGGGUCGAUUCGAUUUUCUCGAUAAUCGAUGAGGCCAAAGUCAAUAGUUCCAUGUUUACAACGAGUUCGAGAAGUUCAAUCAGCGAGAACAACAACAAUGAUAAUUCGGUGGAGUCGAAACACUGUGCGGAUUGUGAUAUUGAAUUUGGUUUCCUGUCGCGCGGCUCAAAAUGUGUGAAAUGUCGUCGUCGUUUAUGCAAAAAAUGUUUCGGUCGUCAUCGAAACGAGUCGAAAAAGAACAGAAUUUGUGAUACAUGUACUAAAAAUAUGGAUCUGGACGGAAUUCCAAGAAGUUUCUCGACCCAAAGUCAAACGGAAGGAAGCUAUUGGAGACGCCCGCCAAGGGACCGGGAAUUUUGCAUGCCAGUCAGAUUAGGCUAUAAAGUUGAAAAAUUCCGCGGCACAUUGGGAAAACCCACAAAUCGAUAUUGUGUGGUUCGAGACGACUUCUGUAUGUAUACAUAUCUUUCAGAUGAGGUAAGAUUUAAGAUUGACAAAACUGCACUAGCAAUGUUGCCCCUUCCCGGAUGUGAAGUCAAAAUUUGUGGCGAAAAGUUUACAUUUUCGGUCCGCGUCGGGGCCCGCCGGAUGUACACACUGACCGCCCAGGACGAAGAGGACCAAAUGAAAUGGAUGGCAAUUUUGGACCUGGCCGCAAACGCUCAUUUGAAAAAUCAACGGAAUUCUGGAUCUGAGCAAUCGGAUUAA